ACCGACUGGAACCUGGAAGAGAGGUUAUGAAAUCAAAAGUUCCAGAGAUUCAUAAUAUUAUUAAACAGAAUAGGAGAAAAUUCAAUUAUAUUGCUGCCUGGUAUAUUUAAAAAAAUGGGCAUAAGUUUACUAACAUCCUUGGUGUCGAUUUGAAGAAACGAAAAUAUACACAUCUAAUGUUGAAAUAAAACCUUAUUUAACAAAGUAUAAUGUACAGGAGCACAUUUUUUAGAUUGUUACCAAUAAAACAUUUUAAAGAGGUAUUUCGCCAUCCUUCUGAAGCCCAAACGACAAUCAACGAUGUCUUUAGUAGAGCACGACCACUGUCUCUAUCAGCUUAUUAUUAUAAAAAGAGAAAAAGUCCAGAAGAAAAGGCAGUAGAAAACCAAGGGCGCAGGGUCAUUAGGUAUGCACCAAAAGCAGGAACUGAAGUUGUAGGCAUAUGGAGGAAUAUGACAGUUCAAGAAAUAGCUAAUGUUUUAAGGAAGGAUGUUGAUCAUGUUUAUAAGGCAUUAGAAUUUGCUGACAAAGACUCUGAAAUAGUGUACACAAAGGAUACUGUGAUACGGAAUCCACAGAUUAUACGAGAUGUUGUCAAAAUUUCCGGAUGCAGAUUCAAAAUUAUUGCCAAGCCUGAAGAGGGGAUUGAGGAGGAAGAGAACAAAGAUGCAGUGCCGGCGCCCCCCGCACCACCUGAAGCGCUUCGCCCCCGACCGCCUGUCGUGUGUGUUAUGGGUCACGUGGACCACGGCAAGACCACUCUGUUAGAUGCUUUGCGGGAUACUUCUGUAGUGGAUACCGAAUUUGGGGGCAUUACGCAGCAUAUUGGAGCUUUUCAAGUAAAACUGGCAUCCGGCGACCACGUAACGUUCCUGGACACGCCCGGGCACGCCGCGUUCACAGCGAUGCGUUCCCGCGGCGCACACGCCACUGACAUAGUGGUGCUCGUGGUGGCCGCUGACGACGGAGUCAUGGAGCAGACUGUGGAGUCCAUACGGAUGGCGAGGCAGGCUGAUGUUCCAAUUCUUGUGGCGGUCAACAAAGUGGACAAGCCAGGUGUAAACAUUGAGCGCACGCUCAAAUCGCUGGCACAGCACGGCGUGGUGUGCGAAGCGCUAGGGGGCGAAGUCCAAGCGGUGAGCGUGUCGGCCCUCAAGCGGCUGCACCUGCCGGCCCUGCUGGAGGCGCUGCACGUGCAGGCGCAGCUCAUGGAGCUGGCUGCCGACCCCCUGGGCGGCGUGGAGGGGGUGGUCAUUGAGAGCCAGCUGGACCCGAGGCUGGGGAAAUGUGCAACAGUAUUGGUGCAGAGGGGAACCUUGCGAAAGGGUUGUAUCCUCGUUGCUGGCAGUGGGUGGGCUAAGGUGCGUAUGCUAAAAACAGCCGAUGGUGCAUUAGUAGAAGAAGCCCCACCGUCUAUGCCCGUGUCGGUGCUCGGGUGGAGAGAACCCCCUGCCCCUGGGGAUAGAGUACUGGAAGUAUCUUCUGAGAAAAGAGCGAACGAAGUAAUGAAAUGGCGCCACAACCAGCGCAUGAAAGAAAAGCAAGCGAUGGACCAGGAGGUGAUAACCGCUAAAGAGGCAGAACAUCAAAUGUUCUACAAACAACAAUUGGCCCAGAAGCGGGCCAUGGGACGGUUCAAAGUACGGCCAGUGGGGCCAAGGGACAAGAUGAUCAAGGUGGACGAUCAUCCGACAGUCAGUGUGGUGAUUAAAGGCGACGUGGACGGCUCAGUGGAAGCCAUCUUGGAUAUCCUGGAAACAUACGACUCGCACCACACAGUGCGGCUCGAGCUCGUGCAUUUCGGCGUAGGGCCCGUAGCACCUACUGAUGUUGAGAUAGCGCAAGCGUUCGACGCAGUUAUCUACGCGUUUAACGUGGAAUGUCCUCCAGCACUCGCCGUAGAAGCGAAGAAUAGUAACAUCGAAGUUAAGAAACAUAACGUUAUAUAUAAAUUAGUGGACGAUUUGAAAGAAAUGAUCAAUAAUAAGAUACCCACCACACAGCAAGAGGAGUUGAUCGGAGAAGCAAAAGUACUGCAGCAGUUUUUAGUAUCAGAGGGCAGGAAAAAAGUGCCCGUAGCUGGGUGCCGAUGUACGAAAGGCUCGCUCAGUAGAAACGCGCUCUAUAAGGUGAUCAGAGAUGAUCAGAUUGUGUUCCAGGGAAAACUAGCAUCAAUGAAGCAUUUAAAAGAGGAAGUAACUACAAUCAAGAACGACACAGAAUGCGGGCUUCGUUUCGAAGAAGCGUUCGACGUUCAACCGGGAGAUAUUGUAGUUUGCUAUAAGAUGGUGGACGUCAAACAUACUACGGACUGGGAUCCGGGAUUUUAGAAGAGAUUUAGUUAAUAAAUUGUAUUAGAAUUG